CCCGAAUCCGAUCGAAGUUGAGUUUGUUCGUUCUGUUAAGCGUCCAUGGCGGAAGCUUCCAAAGUUCAUUGAAAGAAGUAAAGCCUGGUUCGCAGAGAUACUGUGAAACUCGGAGAGAGAGAGAGUGAGUUGAAUUCAUGGGUAUAUUGGGCUACGCCGUCGCCGGCGGAGGAUUUGCAGUAAUCGGCGCGUGGGAGUCACUGGACUCAUCGUACCUCGAUCCAAAUUCAUCUACCGGUGAUGAUUCGUCUUCCCCUAUGGCGCCUCAGAUCACUCCGUCUCCGCCCAAAUCUAGUGGAUCGUCUUCCAUCCCCACAGCUUUGCUUUCGUCUCUGUUUAUCGCCAACUCGAUUUACUCCUUCUUCAGCUCAAUCGGAUCCAGCGAUCGGGUCGGAUCGAUGCUCCAGUUACAGAUCCUGGCCGUCGCAGUUUUAUUCCUAGUGUACGCCGUCGUAAGCCAUCUGGUGGCCAACUCCAAAAACGCAGCCUUUGCAGCUCUUCCGUCUUCGAUCACGACUCUGCUGCUCCUCUUCGGCUUCAUCGAGGAGUUUCUCAUGUUCUACCUCCAGAAGAAGGACACAUCCGGAAUCGAGAAUCGCUACUACGAUCUCAUGCUCGUCCCCAUCGCCAUCUGCGUCUUCUCCACCCUCUUCGACCUUAGAUCCGACUCUAACAACACCACGCAUCGUCAGUUCGCGAAGCUAGGGCGCGGGAUCGGUUUGAUUCUGCAAGGCACGUGGUUUCUGCAGAUGGGUGUUUCGUUUUUCACCGGUUUGAUCACUAACAACUGCUCCUUUCACGAGAAGACCAGAGGCAAUUUCACCAUCAAGUGCAGAGGGCACGGUGAUUACCACAGGGCCAAAGCUAUAGCUACGCUUCAGUUUAACUGCCAUUUGGCUCUCAUGGUGGUUUUAGCUACUGCGUUGUUCUCUGUCGUUGCGAACAGGAAAGGUUAUCUCCGUGAGGAGGAUCACUCUAAGUAUCGGCCUCUCGGAGCUGAGAUGGAAAAUUUAAGUAACUUCACUCUCGAUUCUGAUGAAGAAGAAGACGAGGUUGGACAAGAUAGUAACCUAGGAGCUAAGGAAACUGGUGUUAAUGGAAUCAUCAGCUCACACGCUUAAAGGUAUCAAAGUUUCAGACUUUUUUUUCUAGAAAUGUUUGUUGGUCCGUUGGGAGGAUUGUUGAUGAUAUGUAAUGUAACCAAACACACGAAAAUAAUAAAGUUAAAAUCUUUUGCGUUUAUAA